CGUGCGCAGUCUUGACUUUAGCACUUCUGACGUCAGUAGUCCGUAUCAUCUGUUUAUAUGGACAAAGUAGCCUGACAGAAAGUCCACAAGCUAGAUUACGAGCUUUCUACCAUGAAUUGAGAAACAAUUCGGAGUGUACUCAGGGGAAGGUAUGGCGGUGUGUGCUCUGACCGUGCUGGACGGAGUUGGGGAGGAGGCAACGGUUCUUGGCAGCGUGGUUCUCUUGCUGGUGGCCAUCAUCCUCGCCUGGCUGUCCACACAUGUGGCCGACCGCGGAGACCACAUCCUGGGAACCAUCCUCACGGUGGGUGCGCAUGCCUCCCUCAUCGGCCUGGGAGGCCAUGACAGCUACGCGGGGGGCCCUUCCAGCACAGAUGUGGAAGAGCAGCCUGAUCCCACAUCUGCUCCGGAGGAGAAGCCUGAAGAGGCGGAGAACAGAGCCGAGGAGGGAGAGGAGGAUGAGCUCCUGGAUAUCCAGAGGGUGAGAAAGAAGAGGCGCAAGGUCCAUAGGGAGAACGAGGAAAGCAGAGAACAGAUGGAGGGAGAAGAGGAUGAGGAGUAUAAAGAGGAUGAGGAGGAGGAUGAUGACGAGGAGGAGGAAGAAGUCGAUGAUGAAUCAGAAAACAUCACGGUGCGCUUGAAGUAUCUGAAUGAUACAGAAGAGUUGGCUGUGCUCAGGCCUCAUGACACGGUUGGCCUGUUAAAGAGUAAAUACUUCGCUGGACGUGAGCGUCAGAUCAAGCUCAUCUGGCAGGGCCAGCUCCUGCAGGACCCACGGCGCACCCUCCUCUCCCUCAACAUCACACACAACAGCGUGCUCCACUGCCACGUGUCCCAGGCGCCAGCCCAGCCCGAGGCCUCUGGAGGCCCAGAGGAGAGCCCCCGAGCAAGGGCCGCCACGGGGCUGAGUGCUGGCUUCCGCUCAGCCAGUCUGGCCCUGAGCUCCAGCAGCCUGGUGGUGCCCGUGUUCGUGGUGAUGCUGGCCGUGGUGUGGUAUUUCCGCAUCCACUACCGGCAGCUCUUCACCGCGCCGGCCACUGUCUCUCUAGUGGGUGUCACCGUGUUCUUCAGCUUCUUCAUCUUCGGAAUGCACAGCCGGUGACGGGGAGAACAGGUUGAGGAGAGAAGGCAAGGAGAUGGGAGGAGAGUUGGCUCUGAUAGGAGGAGAGAGAGUGGUGGCCCCUUGGGAGUGUCCUGAGUUUGUCACACUGAAGGCCCUUUUCUAACUGAUCGGUAUGGUACGGUAUGCUUUCAAAACUAUGCGGACGGUUGUUGUCCAUUUUUCCACUGCCAAGCAUAUCCUGUCAUGCUGGAGUAAAGUAGCCUGACUAGGCCUACUGUGUGUUUAAAUAUCAUCUCAGACAAUCACAUUCCCUUUCAUUGUCUGCAAUCUCCUGCAGUAUUUGUUCUUAUUUUUUUCCUUUUGUUUUACUACUUGCAGUCUUUUCCUGUAUCUUUCUAGGUACAUGUACAACUAUACCCAGCGAGAAAUACACCAAACCUUUGAGCUCCUCCACAGUUGUAUGUACACAAGACACAUGAGAUGGAGUCACCUCACGGCAACUGCCAACCUCUCACCUACCUUCACGGGUAGUCCUUGAGAUUGGAAACCACACAGCUAAUCCUCCCAAGUGUCUCAUCCCACACUGUGCCGUACUGUACCGCACUACCGCACCGAUCUAUGAGAAGGGGCCAUAACUAGACUACAGAGCCAGUGACAGUGAGUGUGUUUGCGUUGGAAACGGCCUUGACCGAAAAGGGUGAUAUCAUUUAAUAUGUAAGUAGGACUAGUGUCUCCUGAUAUUUCGUGUAGGGUUGUUGUCCAACACAUGGCUUGAGAGCCAUACUUGUCUGAAUGAUUCAAUCUGAACACUAUAGCAGACUAGAGACACUUUUUGGGGGGGAAUAAUUCAAACCAAACCAUAAUUUGUGCAAUAAUAUGCCUACACACAAACAAUACAGCCUUGUGUGUUACUGUGCUACUCUAUGAAAACUAGUAUUGUAGUAGACAGGUUAUGUCUGGGGCGGAUAGGCUCUUUCUAUUGAACAGGGAUCACUUGUAAAGGAAGUCAGCUGCACAUUUCUACUGUGCCUUCAGAGUGUUUCAGAUCCAAUACCAAGGAGUGGUAGUAUGACUAGACAGUUUUGUAAUGCCCUUGCCACCACCACCAUCACUAUCCAUGUGUGCAUCCCAUAUAGAAUGGGUGCAACUAAUUGUGCACAAACGAUUUAAUGCCAGGUGUCUUUAACAGUGGGGGAAAGGGUUAAAGGGGUGUAGUCUUCCUGAAGGUACUGUAAAUAAUGACAAAGCAAUAUUUGUUUUAUUUGACAAAAUAAGUUGUUGCUACAUUUUUAGUUUGUGCUCUAAUGCUUACAUUCUAUUUACUAAUACAGAUGUUGCUAGCAAAGAAACAAAUGCAGUGUUUCUCUGGACUUCAAUGUAUAUAUGUACCUGCUGUAUAUAAGAUAUGUUAUCACAUAUAUCUGAUCAGGACACAUUUUGACCAUGCAGAGAUGUUGUAAUAUUAACAAAGUUGUAAAAGCAAGCAAUUUUCAAGUUUUGUCUCAUCUGUAAGACAUAACUUUCAUUCGAUGAAAGCAGACCAAGAUCUGAGAAGUUGAAUAGCUCUUUCCAUUCCAUUCGUCAUAAUUGUUCCCCCGGAAGUGGAUGCCAAGAAUUAAAAAGGGGUCAGACAUUUCAACCAGUUUUCCUCUCUGGCUUCCAUACUGCAGGGCUGAUUAAAUGAAUUUCAACUGGA